GUAGAUCGAGACAAUUCCACGUCAGCUUGCCAUUCAAGGUCACCUAAUCUACACCUUUGACAUUUCAAGCCCUUGGGCCAUAAUACAUGAUACGAUGUUCUCUGCAGCGCGAGCUGCUGCUCUGGAGGACGUCGAAUGGGAUGCGAAGCGCUUAGAGUAUAUUGAGACUUGGAGUUUUAGUAAUGAUGCGAAAGUCAAGGACUGUCAAUUUCAACGUAGUGGAGUAAUUCACAAAGGAAAAUGCGAAGACUGGCUGCAUCGCCGAGGAGAGUUCGCUGUGCCUGAAACGGUCAGAGAGAAAGAAGAUAAAAUCAAUGGCGGCUUGAGGCUCUUGAUCUGCGAUCGUACGUCUUUGUUUCCACCAGGAUUUGGAAUGACUAAAAGCGCCUUCAUCGAGGCAGAAAAAGUCCUAGAUCUACAUUUGGCAACACUUCCAAGUUUCCUGGUCGCUAAUGGCACCCGUUCGCGAUAUUUGACAAAGAACGAGAGCGGUCAGCUACUCAAAAUUAAUUUGGUCCUCAAAGCUCCGCAGAAAUAUGAAAUUGCGAAUUACGGGCUGUCCGUCUCAUUUGACGUACAAACUGGUUGGACGACGGCGCUGCUGUAUGGUGAGAGUGUGACCAGCACAGCAUGGCACGCAAUGGGUCGUAGUGCGACAGGUUCAUCUGGGAGAACAAGUUCCUGGGAAUACUUUAGUCCAGCAGAUCAGAUGUUGAAACUUUUGCAGACCUCCCUGCUGCCAUGGAACCAUCCUCUUUUACUGCCUUGCGCAUUGAUGUCGGAUCACUUGGCAAGAAUGCGAGCGUUCUGUGAAGGUGAGCUCACAAAAGAGGUCAUGGAGAUUGAACGCGAACUCGGUGUAGUCAGGGUCGGGAAAAGAAGUGAGCAUGGCAUGUCUGGCUUGUGGCCACAUUUUCGUCCACCUCAAGAGCAGGCCGACUGGACCAACGCACUAUUGGAUCAGCCCACAGUCAUGAACAGUAUGACAGUCCGCAUCAACACACAAUACACAAAAGUUAUUUUUACCAAACAAUCUCCCGGCUGGAAUUUUGAGACCUCGGACUUUUUGCUCAAUCUCUGGAAGGACCUAUUGAGACAAGUAUAUCCUUCUAUUUCUCAGGAAAAAUUCUUGACCGAAUCCCUCGAGUACAAUAGGGAUGUUGCGACUUCAAUCAAAAACCAUGUCGAUAAUCUCCAGGCACGUAUGGAUCUGCAGCUCAGCAUACUGUAUAGCUUUGUCGCACAGAGAGACAACCGUCUGAACGCUCGCAUCGCAAAAACGACUGGCCGAGAUAGCGUUUCAAUGAAAAUCCUAGCAUUCAUAUCUGCAUUAUUUCUGCCGCCAUCAUAUGUUGCAACACUUUUCUCGAUACAAGGCAUUUUCAAUUGGGUUCCGGGGACUACAGAUAAUGGAGAGAAAAUAGAUGUGGUCAGCGACUAUUUCUGGAUAUAUUGGGCGAUCAGCGUUCCACUCACUGUCAUUACUAUCCUUGGCUGGGCAGUGUGGUGGAGAUACGAGCUGAAGAGAUAUCCUUUGGAUUCAGCAAGCGAGACAAAGCCUUGGGCAGACCAUACUACGCGGCUUGUAGAGAGGCUAGGCCAGGGCGUUAAUCAGCUCAGAUAUAAAUAA